AGAUCCCUGGCCGCUGGAUUACAAGGUCAACGCCCCCGGAGGGCUCAGACAGCACAGCCCCCAGCACCCAGGAGCCCGAGGUGCCUCCAGAACAAGACUUCGUAUCCAGCACGGUGGCAGAUGUGGUGACUACAGUGAUGGGCAGCUCCCAGCCUGUGGUGACGCGAGGCACCACCGACAACCUCAUCCCCGUCUACUGCUCCAUCCUGGCCGCUGUUGUUGUGGGCCUCGUGGCCUACAUCGCCUUCAAGAGGUGGAACAGCUGCAAGCGGGACAAGCAAGGAGCCAACAGCCGGCCGGUGAACCAGACGCCCCCACCCGAGGGAGAAAAACUGCACAGCGACAGCGGCAUCUCUGUGGACAGCCAGAGCCUGCAUGACCAGCAGCCCCACACACAGACGGCCUCAGGCCAGGCCCUCAAGGGUGACGGAGGCCUCUACAGCAGCCUGCCCCCAGCCAAGCGGGAGGAGGUGGAGAAGCUGCUCAAUGGCUCUGCGGGGGACACCUGGCGGAACCUGGCGGGUGAGCUGGGCUACCAGCCCGAGCACAUAGACUCCUUCACCCACGAGGCCUGCCCCGUCCGUGCCCUGCUUGCCAACUGGGCUGCCCAGGACAGCGCAACGCUCGAUGCCCUCCUGGCUGCCCUGUGCCGCAUCCAGCGAGCCGACAUUGUUGAGAGCUUGUGCAGCGAGUCCACGGCCACGUCCCCAGUGUGAGCCAACCUGGGGAGCCCCUGCCCUACCCCCACAUUCCGAUGACUGAUGCUCCAGCCAACCCCCACGGGGCCUGUCCCUCCCCCUGGCGUGGGCCAGCCUGUCACAGCUGAGCUCCUCUGGGUAGGGCCUCAGAGUCCAGGCCCCCAAACCACAGCCCUGUCACUGCACCUCGUGUGGCCCCUUUGCUUCUGAUCAUACUCCCUCUCCUUCGAGGGAAGUGUCCUCUCUGCCUCCACACCCUGCCCCUGCCCCGUCAUUAUCUCAGGCCUCUGCUCCCUUCUCCCACACUGCUGGUGGGUCAGCCCCUCCCACCUUAGCAGGUGUCAUAUCUGGGGGGCUGAUACCAGGGAUGGUAUUGGGGCCAGUGACAAGGCCCCAGGGACUCAGAGGGAGGUACUGAGGAACCAGAGCCAUGGACUCUACACUGUGAACUUGGGGGACGAGGGAGCAUCAUAGUGCCCUAAAACCUCCCUCAGUCCCCCUCGCCCCUU